UUCGGGCUACUUCGGUGGGUUUGUUUUAAAAUAUCCUCCAGGCUUAGGGAAGACAGGGGGAUGAACGCAGAGGGGAUGAACUAAGCAAUUAAGCAUCGCCAUCAGCCGUUGUGUCUCGUUGUUUGUCUUCUGGCUACCCAUCAACUGCCCUCUGUCUUCUUCUUGUCUCUGCCUCGGCGAAUUAUUCGCGUUUGAGAUUUAUUCAGCAGCGUCAAGAUGCAGUUUUUUCAACCCCCCUCCCAUCGACUUCCUCCUCGACUCCGAGGAGGAGUUCCCCAUCUUCCAGAGUUGUUGCAAAACAGCAGAGUAAAUUAUGAGAAGCUACAACGAGAGCAAAUUUACGGCCGUUCGUUGAAAUGCUUGCAGCAUCAACACCAGUUCGCGGAACUGGGCAGGAAGAAGCUGGAGCAGGCGAUACAGCAACUGCAAGAACAGUUGCAACUCAAUGUCAUUCAGCAGACGCAUCUUCUGCAAACGGCGGACAAGAAGAAGGCGUCCGCCCCGCUUCAGCAGUUGGCGCUCCAACAGCAACGCCUGAUACAACAGCUGCAGAUCACGCAGAGCCAAUACCUUCUCCAACAGGGUCUGGGUCUUCAGGGUCACAAUCCUUCUUCAGGUCUCCAACCUGGCGAAGGUCUACCAAUAUGGAAAUCGGAAACGUCGGAUGGUCCGGAAUCCCACCAGAACUCGAACGUUCCAAAACCUGUGGCCGGACUCAAUGGACUUCUCAAUUCGACAGUGUCGAGUCGGCGGUCGGAGAUGAAUGGAACCACUCCACUGGACGAGAAACCGCUGGACGUUUCCUCCAACGACAAGGUUCAUCCCCUGUACGGUCAUGGGGUCUGCAAGUGGCCGGGCUGUGAAGUUAUUUGUGAAGACUAUCAAGCAUUCCUUAAGCACUUGAACACGGAGCACACGUUGGACGACCGAUCGACGGCGCAGGCCAGGGUUCAAAUGCAAGUGGUCUCGCAGCUGGAGAUUCAGUUGCAGAAGGAACGGGACCGGUUGACCGCCAUGAUGCACCAUCUGCACGUGGCGAAACAAAUGGCAUCCCCGGAACCACCAAAGUCCUCUGAGUCAUCGACGGGCUCGAGUAUACCAAAGUUAAAUCUGUCAACCGCGCUGAUGAACCAACCACCACCGAACUUUGGCGUCUCGCAAGUGUCGCCGGUGUCGAUGUCCGCGUUGGUGUCGGCGGUCAGGUCGCCAGCAGGUGGACAACUGCCACCUUCCGCCGGCGGAGCACCGAUGCCGCCUAUACCUAACAUGUCGAACAUGUCCGGAAUGCCUCCGUUGCCGAACAUGCCGGGCAGCAUGUCCACGAUGCCGACCAUGCCGAGCAUGGCAGGACCCAUCAGACGACGUAUCAGUGAUAAAUCCGCGCUUUCUUUGGCAGGAGGACUGUAUGACGAGGGCACUGUAAGGCGCAGAGUAGCCGUCGAUAGAUCUGGAAUAGAUAUUAACGAAGAAAUUCAACGAAAUAGGGAAUUUUACAAGAACGCCGACGUCAGACCGCCGUUCACGUAUGCAUCGUUAAUUCGACAGUCGAUCAUCGAGUCGCCGGAGAAACAAUUGACGCUGAACGAAAUCUACAACUGGUUCCAGAACACAUUCUGCUACUUCCGGCGCAACGCAGCUACGUGGAAGAACGCGAUCCGCACCAAUCUAUCAUUGCACAAGUGUUUUGUGCGCUAUGAGGACGACUUCGGGUCAUUCUGGAUGGUGGACGACGCCGAGUUCGUAAAGCGGCGGCAUCUGUCCCGCGGCCGCCCCAGGAAAUAUGACCCAACCCCAUCACCCACUCCACCCCACCUCUCCGCACAGGGUGUCCCGUCGAAAAGUCCAACUCUAACGCAUAGCCCGACCAUGUACGGUGACGCAUUAAACGCCAAUCUCCAGUAUUUCCAGGCGGCACUCGGCGACUCCAAUAUGGGAUUUUUAAACAACUCGAUGUGCACGUCGACGACGACGAGCCCCGACAAGGAGCACGUGUUAGCCCAUAACGAUUUAAUGUCACCGUUGGAUGAACCAGCCGUGCACAUAAAGCAGGAGGGUCAGAGUCCAGAGGGGGGUAAACUCACGAGAUUAAUAAAACGGGAGCUGGUUGACGGGCCUGCGGAACAAGAGGGUGAAGAGGAUCAGGUGGACGAGAGGGAGUAUCCCGAGAGCCACGGCCACGACUCCGGCCAGGACGAGGACAUGGCCGAGGACCUGUCGAUGGCGCCCGACAUAAUGACACCGGAGGAUCAGAUCGAGGCGUAGUAUCGUUCGUCGAGGGGCGAGUAGAUUCGUGCUGUCGCGUCGGAGUGCAGUCGUGACGGAAGGACGAGAAGAGGAAGAGGAACGCAAGGCGAAGCUUCUCUUCUUCGUCGAUCGGGAAAGCUAGAGGCGCGAUUAUAAUAUAAUAUAAUAUACAACGUAUGAAGGUUGAACGUGUGAAGAGGUGGAAGGAUGGUGAAGUACGUAGACGAGAGAAAAAGACGAAGACGAAGACGAAGAAGAAGAAGAAGAAGAUACGAAGAAGACGAUGAAAAGGCUCCUAGGACCACCCAGCCCUCCACUCCUCCUUCGUAAGAGAAUCCUCAUUUAUCAUAUCCAAGGCCGUGAUACGUUCUACAGAGCGGCUCUUUAAAGGUAAAGGCAAAAGAGGAAUAAGAAAUGGAAGAAGAAGAAAGAAAAAAAAAAAAACGAAAAAGAAAUGAACGAAUAAGAAACGUACUACUAGUGUGUGCGUGAUCGAUCGCGACGAAACGUCGAAACGAGAAUCGGCGACUAUCGUGAUAAUAUAAGGCGGCGCGAUCCUUCGAUCCAUAUCCUUACUCAAGCAAUUUGCGAACAACGAUUGUAUUUUCUGUUCUCCAAUUCCGUUUCGUUUCAGAACCGCGGUUAUAUCUCUAUAUACAUAUACUAUACAUAAAUAUAUAUAUAUAUAUAUAUAUAUAUAAAUAUAUAUAUAUAACUUUCUCUCUCUCUCUCUCUCUCUCUCUAUCUUUCUCUUUUGUGUACAUUGCAUUAGCGAGUAAAUCGAAGAGAGGGAGGAAAGGAAAACGAAUUGCAUCCGCGAUCUCGUUCGUAACAUCUCGACGAAUAAUAAUAUCAAUCUGAUAAUCUUUUGACGAACAGGAGUGAAAAAAGGAGAAGAAACCUCGAGCAGUCCUCGGCUCGUUUCUUACCUUCGUCAUCGUGAAACGGUGCCUGCGUGUACGAUUUACGUUACGUGUUUCUGCGUGUGCCGAUCGCGCCUGUCAUUUGUUGAACCAAUUCGAAGAUAGGACAGAAAUCCGUUAUGAUUAAGAAGCAAUUUUUACUUCGCGGAGAGUGACGAUCAGCGCAUGCGUACAAAAAUUCUUUACGAAAGGAGCAAUGUAUCGCGUUUGACCUUGACAAAAUUUUUUACACGAGAAAGACGCGCAUUGGAUGGAACACGUAGAACUAUCUAUCUCAAAGAUAAUAAUAAGAACGACGAACAGAUAAAGAAGGCUGGUACUAAGUUUAAGGAAUAAAUAACGAAUCUGUGGUGAUAGCAGCGCGCCGGGUACGCGCGGGGAUGACUGACACUUUAGUCUUAAAUAAAUAUCGUUCGUGAUUAACUAGGAAUCUUGCGUGUAUCAAAAAAAAAAGAAAAAAAAAAAAGAAAAAAAAAGAAAAAAAUCUCCGAGGGAAAGAUAUCUCCCUUUCCCUGAUAUCAGAUAACCUAAACUUAAGGGAACGUGGUUCGCGUAUGAAACACUCGGCCGCGAAUCCUGGCGUACCCGAUCGCUGCUCUGUUGCUAAUCGCUGUAUAGCUUAGGGGGAAAAUUAAACAUAAGUAGUUUCAUAAACGACCGUCGACAUCAUAGACGUCGAACGAAGCGUGAAGAUAAAACGUACACGCACGUGCUCAGAAGAUCGUUUAUCGUUUUGUUCGUGAAAUAUUCCGACGUUCGAUACACCGAAUGAAUAAAUAACGAGCGGAGAUUAAAUUAAAUGCAAUAUCGAUCGAGCGAUGAAGAAGGUUGGGAAACGAGAUCGAGAACGAUCGAGAGAGAGAGACGAAAGUGACGGUGAGAAUAUUGAUAAUAAAAAAAAAAAAAAAAAGAAGAAGAAGAAAAAGAAACUGAAGAGAGCGGAUGCCGUGUGAACGCACUUAUAAAUAAAUUAAAUUACAAUGUAUGCAUAUACAUACACAUAUAUUAAUACGUAUACGUAUCUCGGAAAUUAUAAGGAAACUAGAUGUCGAUGGCCCUGUUCUCCGUUCUCCAUCCAACAUGAUCCUUGAGAAAAGAAAUCCUCGUUCGAAACUCCAGUAACCAACCAACCUCCUCUCCCUAGUCCCGUGUAAUCAAGCUCGACUUCCGAAGUUUUAGGAAAAAAAAUCGGACUGCGUCCAAUUUUGCGUGGACAGAGUGUUGUCGCGUCCAGAAAAGGAAAAAAGGGGGGAAAAGAAUGAAAAAAAAAGAAAAGAAAAAACGAACGAAGAAAAAAUAAACGUUGGAGGGGUCGUUACUCGUCGAUCUUCGAGCCCCUGUAUACAUAUACACAAACAUACAUUCACACGCGCAUACAUACACACAAACAUACAGAUCACACACGCACGCACACACAUAUAGAGCUACAUAGGUACACAUGUAAAGACACGGGACGUUUUAAACGAAAGCGUGCCCAGGUCGGUGCGAAAUAAAAGAAAUUUUAUCGAAGACCUCGAUCGCGAGUCGCCUGGUAGUGUGUCGAAUCUAAUUUAUUAUUUCAAUGGCCGUUGACGCCAUUAAAUGUAUGUAAAAAUCGUGCGUGCCGUUUAUAAUCGCGCGUCGCAGCGACCGGGAGACGAUCGUGUGUGAUAUUAUUCCGUUCUCGACUCGUAGCCAUAUAUACACGGAUGUUAUAUACGUUUGUUUGUAAUAUUUUUGUAAAUUAAUUCGUUCACGGGAACGUGUAGAUAGGUUUAGAAAAUCGGGAAGGGUUGGGGGGCUCCGUUACAAUUGUCAGGGUAUUCAUUGCUCGACGUAAGAGACUCAUCCCGAGUCGCUGUGGCGACGAUGGUGUUUUUUCGUGUGUCAGUGACGAGGACCCGCGAGGAACAGAAGAUAUAAUUGCUCCAUCGAUCGUUCUCAGCAUUUAUCGAGCAAACGGUUAAUCGAUCGAGCACACGCCGGCCGAUCGACGUCGUCUCUAUGACGUCCUCGCGUUUUAUUUUCGUUAGGAAGAUAUUAAUCUCGGAACGUCUAUAUUAACACGACUCUAUAUUAGUAAUAUUAGCAUGACGAGAAGCAUCGUGCCAGUCUUUUGUUAGCUCCGAAUAGAAUCCGCUUGAUUCGUUUCAAACGCUUCACGAUCGUGUCGCUCGAUUAUUCGUAGGCGUUAGCUAAUAGUUGCGUCGCUUACGAUCGUUAUUCUUUUUUUGUCCAGUUUCGUCGAUUCGUUCAUUCCUGCGUGUGUUAGAGGUACUCUGUUCAUUCCGCGUGUAACAUAGUUAGCUGUUGGCUAGACGAGAUAGUAAGUUUCGCCCGAUAGUAGUAAUUUCCCGUAAGUCAGCCGAGGUGUCCUUCGAUUUUUCGAUUUUAAUCCGGGUCCAUUGUCCUUCGUGCUAAUAAGCAAUUCACGUUCGCGGGUGAUUCGAAAUUUUUAUCAAGAAAGGGAAAGGGAUCAAGCGAGAAAGGCGCGUGAAUGCGAGGUGUUUGCAGUUGGUCGCGUGCGUCAUCGAGCAUUGGAUGUUGAAGAGUUGAAAAACAGGAAAGAAGACUGAGCAGAAACAACAGGGAACGGUGUUUGAGAAAACAAGUGAGAAAGAAUCGCGAAUGACCGUUUGGUGCCGUUCUGGCCUCACUUUCACGUGAUGCUACUAUUACUAAUCUAAGUCUACAUGUAUUGUGUAUAAUGGAUUUAAGGACUCGAUAUAACAUAGAAAGCCUCUCCUGUAAAUAGUUGAAGAGGAAAAAGGAAAAAAAAAAGGAACAUUGUCGAGGCAUUAGGGAUUUGCGAAUAUUGCGUCACUCUGCGAAUGAAUGAGUUUAUCGAUAGUGUGGUCUAUAAAAGUCUAUAUAUAUAAAUAUAUAAAUAUAAUUAUAAAUACACACGCGAGGAAACACGCAGACACACGCACACACACACACACAUACCAUACAGACACAACAUACAACACAACACACACGUACAAUGCGUUGCGCGUAUCUCCCGGCUGCAUUUAAUUUUUACUUUUGAAAUCUCGAAUUUCUCGAAUGAAAGAAAGAUAAAGAUUUAAAAAAACGAAAAAGAAAAACAAGGAAAAUGGGACGACCGUUCGAUUCUCACGAGCCGACAGCUCGGAACGAAAGACACUUUCUCGUUUUAUCGUAUCACGAUUGGUCGUGUCGCGAACGAACGACGAGUGAACAAAAGAGCAGAGUAAAAAGAAAAAGAAGAAAAGAGGGAAAAUUAAGAAAAAGAACGAGGAUGACUGAUCGAUCGAUUUCGAGUGGACACGAAGUUCUUCAAUGUCGAUUCACGUAGCACGAAGAUCGUGGUCAUUUUGUUUACGCGAAUAUUUCUUUCCUUUUUUUUUUUUUUUUUGUAUAGUAGCCGCUGUUAUCUUGCGAAUAAUUCUAUAUUGUACAUGUUUAAACGUUCCCUGUUAUGUUUGUUGUAUAUUUCGGAUAGGUCUGUAAAGUAAAAAAAAAAAAAAAAAAGAAAAAAAGNGUAAAGUAAAAAAAAAAAAAAAAAGAAAAAAAGAAGAAAAAGAAAACUGAAACGAAUGUAUGAAUUCUUUUCAAACGAGCGUAGGAAAGACAGGAUUUAGCGUUAUUACAUUUCACUAGUUCAUCGAAAUCUUCACGGUUUAUCGGCCAGAUAAUACUUUGCCAAA